AAACAACCGUUAGGUGAAUAAAACUAUUAUAAUCCGUAGCGACAUGUUACAAUUUAUGUGCUUGGUGCACUUUAGUAAUAUCCAAACCGUGAAGUUUAUGAACUAACCCGAAUAUGAGCAGUUUAUCAGCCAUAUAUGUAUAUGGCCCAAUUUUCAAUUUUAGAUAUAUUUUCUUGUUCUAUCAUUUUUGGUGAAGUUGUAGAUUGUUCAAUUCUGGCAGCACUAAUGUUCUUGCUCUACGAAAUAAAACAGCAAUUGAAAGUUUUUCGAAAAUUGUCAAUUAUAUCAAGUGUCAUAGAAGAGUUUUAAAAAAUUCAGUUGAUGGAUAAAAUUAAAAACUAAUAAAUUUCUGUUCCAUAAAUUUCGUCAGAAGCUCAAAUUGCCCAACACAACAAAAAAAUCACCGCCUUAAGAAAUCAUUUCCAAAAACAAUAUGAUUGCGGCGCUUUAGAUUUCGAAAUAUUUAUAUUCCUACAACUUAUGUUUCGUUCAGUUGUUUCGCAAAUUUGAAAUCAAAGUAUCUCGCGUUAAUCCACAUCAGACCUCAUUUGAAAAUCAUCACCAUUCUUUAACGAAGUCAGACGCGAUAAAUCCUCAUACAAAAUGGGUAAAAGAACUCGAAGCCUCUUUCGCGGUUCUUUCACUCAAAAAUUAAUGUAUAAGCAACACAAAGAAGCGCUCAGCAAAAUUUCCAGCGCCGUUGAUAUUGGUCCGCCCCAAAUCAAAAAGGAUGUAUAUCUAAAUAUAAGAGGCAUGCGUAAUGACAAAUACGCCUUGAGGCGUAUCAUUAAAGAAAAUAUAGAGCUUCUGGAGAGACUCAAUCAAAUACGACGCACACACGGCCUGAGCAACAGCUACAACACGCGCAAGCGUAUUUCACAGACCAAGCUACAGCAUCUGUUGCGACGCAUUGAUGAUAUUGAAUCGGAGAACCAGUUUCUAGGCUGCCGCCUCUUGCGGGUCAAGCCUAUGCUGACGAAGUCUGUCAUGCCGGUUUCGGCGCACAGCAGCAGCCGAUUAAAGCUUGAGAGGUCGAAUGUUAGUCUGAAAAUUCGUGAGAAGUUGCUCAUGGACCAAUUGCUGCAUCCAAAAAUUUUCUUAGACUUGGAAGUGAAAGACAUCCGGCCAUUAGGACGCGUUGUUAUACAACUAUACACAGAGGCAUGCCCCGAAAUGGUGUUGGAAUUUGUACGCACAUGCUCCGAAAAUAAGUCGGAGUUGUUCAAGCUUAUACGCAUUUUUCCCGGUUUGUGGCUCGAGGGAGAGAUCACUGUCAAAAAUGGCGUUCUGAGCAAAUCCAAUUUCCAGCAUGAAAUGAACAUGAUAAGACACGACUCCGGCUCUGGCAUUCUUUCAUUUGCCAAAUGUUAUCUAACUCAUGGCUUUCCAUAUGGACUGCUUAAUUUUACUAUUAGCUUUAAGCCCAUGCCCGUGCUUAAUGGCGAGCGUGUAGCCUUCGGUGAGUUAAUUGCUGGCCAUCGAGUAAUGGAAUGCACCCAGGACUAUGGCACAAAAAAUGGUAAAGUCAAAAAGGAGAUUCUAGUUGUACACAGCGGUCUGAAAGCAUAUAUCGACGUCUGACAUUCAAAAAAUUUAUUCUUACUUGUAAAACAAUUUUAUUGUUUCUACUCUGCUGCCCCUUUAUGUUUGUUGCUGUUGUUUUUGUAAGUCUGUAUAAAUAAAAAGAACGCAGACAAGAAACUUCAACCAA